UCCUCUUGAGAAGAAAUUUGGUUUUGUUCGAAUUGGAUUGGUGUAUGUGAUAUCGGGUUUGGGAGGAAAUUUGCUGUGUGUUUUAUUCCUCCAUUCAAUCAUCUACGUUGGUGCAUCUGGUGCAAUAUUCGGCUUACUAGGAGUGAUGCUAUCAGAGCUUUUAACAAAUUGGAAAAUGCAUACUCAUAAGUUUGAUGAGAUGUUGAUUCUUGUUGUGAUCAUUGUUUUGGACUUAGCUCUUGGAACUUUUCCAUUCGGAAGUAAUUUUAGUAACAUUGGAGGGUUUACAUCAGGAUUUCUUCUUGGAUUUGUCAUUUUGACUCGCCGUCAGCAUCAUUGGCUUAAUCUAAACAAGUCUAAUACUUCCCAGAAGCAAGAAUCUUAUCAAUAUGCGCUUCGGAUUAUCUCUUUUGUGCUACUUAGUGUUGGAUUGGUCGGCGGCGGCGUCUUGUUCUUUAAAGGGGUGGACUUGAAUGAUUACUGCUCUUGGUGCCAUUAUAUAACCUGUGCCCCUCCGAGCUGUAAACCAGGCUACAUUUCUUGUGAGGAUUACCAGAUCGGAAACAAACUUAACGUGACAUGUUUGAACAAUGGAAGAAGUGGCAUUUUUUCUCUGUCAAACCGUAACCCUGACGAGCAGGCUGAAGAACUAUGUUAUCGCCUUUGCGGUAAAUAACCAGACACAGAAAUACAACAUCUCUUAGGGAGAUUUCAUUCAAUAAACUUAUGUAUAUGAUUUGUUCUUACUGCUGCUGCUGACAAUAAGAAUGAGUCACUGUGGUUGUUGCCAUAGUUGUUAUCUCGUUAUAUAUAUUUCUCCUUGCUAUGAAAUUACUGCAGGAUGUAUAUUUAUAAGUUUGUCUGAAGGAA